AUGCUAGUCACAUUACUCUCUCUCAAGUCACACAGAAUGCAACCUCUGGACGUUUCUUUUUUUGGUCCGCUCAAAAUGGCCUAUAAAAAAGAAUGUGACUUAUUUUUGAAAAGCCAUCUUGCAGAAAAGAUAACACCUUAUGACGUAGCAUCGUUGGUGAGAAAAGCAUUUAAUAAUGUUGCGUCUAUUAGUAAAGGAGAAUCGGGUUUUAGAGCUACUGGAAUAUUUCCACUAAAUCCGGAAGUAUUCACAGAAGAAGAUUUCUUCGCUGCAGAAACUCUCCAAUCUGAGACUAUUGUAAUCCAAGACUGCAAUGAAACUCUCGCAGCUACCGAAAGGAAUUUUGUUCAAACUUCUGGAAAAAUUCUGGCUACCAAAAGACAGAAGAGAGUGAGAUCGAUAACCAGUUGGGAAAGAGGAAAUUACAUCACUUUGAUGUGUGCUAUGAGCGCUGCUGGCGGUUACAUUCCACCGAUGUUCAUUUUCCCCAGGAAAAGGUUGACUCCUCUGCUCGAGAAGGAUGGUCCAGCAGAAGCGCUUUACAAAUGCUCGGACAACGGUUGGAUUAAUGAGAAUCUCUUUCUUGAAUGGUUGGUGCACUUUAAACAGCACGCUAAGCCGUCUGUAGAUGAACCCAUCCUUUUAAUACUAGACAACCAUGCUAGUCACAUUUCUCUUUCCAUCUACAAAUAUUGCAAGCCCAAUCAUAUUCAUAUGUUGUCUCUGCCACCAUACAAGUCACACAGAAUGCAACCUCUGGACGUUUCUUUUUUUGGUCCGCUCAAAAUGGCCUAUAAAAAAGAAUGGGACUUAUUUUUGAAAAGCCAUCUUGCAGAAAAGAUAACACCUUAUGACGUAGCAUCGUUGGUGAGAAAAGCAUUUAGUAAUGUUGCGUCUAUUAGUAAAGGAGAAUCGGGUUUUAGAGCUACUGGAAUAUUUCCACUAAAUUCGGAAGUAUUCACAGAAGAAGAUUUCUUCGCUGCAGAAACUCUCCAAUCUGAGACUAUUAUAAUCCAAGACUGCAAUGAAACUCUCGCAGCUACCAGCAUGAUUCCCAGCACAUCAAAAGAAUUUCACUCACCAGUUCCGAGUACCUCAAAACAAAUUGAUCCACCGGUUCUUGGGAUGUCUGAACGA